UAUAUUAUAUAUUAUUUAUGAGCUGUAGACUCAAUUUUUGUCUUUACUGCCUGUAGAUUACUCAAUUUUUGUCUUAACUGUCUGUAGAUUACUCAAUUUUUGUCUUUACAAUUCUGAAGCUCAAAACAGUAACCGUAAAUAUUCUCGAGAUAUGUGUUGUAAAUGGAAAAAAGAUUGGAAAAUGCAUUUAGAAGUUAUUUCAGAUGAAGGAAUCAUAGAAUUGAGACCAUACCAUGUAAAUGUUGAAGACACAGAUCAACUAACUUGCUAUUGUUUUAAUAAUGGUAUACACACUUUAAUAAUAAACGGAAGGGUACGAAAUACUGAAAUUUACGAUAACGUUUGUUUCCCUUUAUGCUGCGUAGGAGGUGCUUACGAGUGGUAUGAACUUGGGCAUUAUUUUCGGUUAGAGAUUCCUUCGCUCUUUAUAAAUGAAGGACUUUAUGUUGAUGGUAAAGAAAUUAAUAAAAAUCGGUUUAACAUUACAGAGUGGAAAAAUCAGUUUUUGCUAUGGUUGGUUUUUGCAAUUACUUUAGCGUUUAUUGGACUUAUUUUCUUAGCCCUAAAAUACACUGAAUGCUGCUGGAAUGGGUUUUUAUAUUUUGGCAUUGGUACAAUUUUUUCAAGCUUUUUGUUACUUGUACCAGGAGUGCUCGGUUUGUGUAAAACUUCAAUAUUGACAAAAAAGUAUAAAGAUUUGAAAUCAGAUAAAUAUGACCAAUUCAAGCAGAAAAUAGACGUAGUUUAAAUCUCGUUAAAACAGUAAAAGUAUUUUAUCAAUCAUUAAGAAUUCAUUUUUUAAAAAAGCACUCAUUGAUUGUUUGGAUAAAAUCAAUUAACAACAUGAAUAGCUAAUCAAGUUGGCUGUAAUACAAAAGUCUUAUUUCAAGUAGUAUACCCAACCGAAAGAUAUUUUUUAUAGUAUAAUCUAACCAAGUAGAUGGUAAGACAUUGAAAGAUAAUGAACUUUUUAAUGUCAAUUGAUUUCAAAUGAAAAAGAGUUUAUAUUAGGUUUUAAUAAAAGGUGAUAAUUGUUAUUAAUUAUAGCGUUGUCUAUUGUUCAAAAUAUAUUUAAUGAUUUGAAAAUAAAGAUUAAAUUAUUUACAACGUAGGUUACAUAGCUAGUUCUACAUUUUUAAACUAAAUAAAUAAAAAUACUAUAUGCUAGAAAAUAUGCAAAUCGUCAUAGUUAUUUCACAAUCGCAUAUUUUUUAUAUAUAUAUAUAUAUAGAGAGAGAGAAAGAGAAUUCUUAAAAAAAUAUUUUAAUAUUUUAAACGUUUUUUUACCACUGUUAUUUAGAAUUUCGAAUAGCUGAACGUAUGUGGCUUUUUAUAAGUAACCAUGAUAACAAGGUUGUUGCUUAUAUUGAAUUUCAUGCUUGUGCAAAAAUAGAAGAUCAGGUAAACCGUA